AUGUUAUCCGCCUUCACCGCGCGAGCCCUGGUAGACCUCAAACCCCGCGAUCGCUCCCGAAUAGACUCAGUCCUCGCCUACGGCGAUAGAAUCCUCGCCGGUCUAAACAACGGCACCCUCCGCAUCUACCGCGUCACAGAUACCCUGAACGAGGAAAACCCAGACGACAAUGAACAUGAUGGCGGCAGUGAUGGCGGCAGUGCUGGCAGCAAGACCGAACUUCUGCGUGAACUGGACAAAUUCGCCCGGUACAAGAUCGAACAAUUAGCCCUGGUCAAGGAAGCGAAGGUCCUAGUCAGUUUGAGCGGUGGUGUGGUCAGUCUACACGAUUCGCAGGAUUAUGGACUUCUUCACACGCUGGUUCAGGCGAAGGGGGCUUCUGUUUUUGCUAUCACUUCCAACGUCGUGAAUGAUCCCGAUACGAAUGUUCCGGCCAUUGUGUCGAGAUUGGUCGUUGCUGUUAAGAGGAAGAUUCUUAUGUGGGUUUGGAGGGAUAUGGAGCUUGAAGAGGAGGGUCCUGUUAGUGAGUUGAGUCUUGCCGCGGCUGUUAAGACUUUGGAAUGGGUUUCUGCGACGAAGAUUGUUGUUGGGCUUUCCUCGGGUUUUGUUAUGGUUGAUGUUGUGCAAGGUGUUGUGGAGGAGUUAUCUGGUGGUCCGGGGAGUAUGGAGGAGUCUUCGUCGACGACGGGCAGGUUUACUGGUGUUGGUGCGGCGAGUAUGAGUUAUAUUGGUAUGGGUGGGAUGGUACCGAGACCUUUGGCGACAAGGUUGAGGGAGGGCCAGAUUCUCCUGGCUAAGGAUAUCAAUACGCAUUUUAUUGAUUUGCAGGGUCACUCGCUUGGGAGGAGGCAGAUUCCUUGGUCUCAUGCGCCUGUUGAAGUCGGGUAUUCUUAUCCGUUUCUGCUUGCUUUGCAUGAUUCUUCGAAGGGUGUGCUUGAGGUGCGCAAUCCGGAAACUCUUUCGCUGCUUCAGUCCAUUCCGCUGCCUGCGGCUAGUAUUUUGCAUAUACCGCAGCCGAAUAUUAGUCUCGCGCAUGCUGGGAAGGGGUUUUUGGUCGCGAGUGAUCGCACUAUUUGGCGUAUGGAGGCGCUGAGUUAUGAUACCCAGAUUGAUGCCCUGGUUGAAAAGGGGUAUCUUGAUGAGGCUAUUAGCCUCCUUGUUAUGCUUGAGGAUGCCCUGGUCAAGGAUAAGGCUAGGAGACUUCGCUCGGCUCAGUUGGAAAAGGCUCAGAGUCUCUUCGCUUUGCAUAAGUUCCGCCAUUCGUUGGAUCUGUUCACGGAGGUUGCUGCUCCGCCGGAGACUGUCAUUCGCCUCUAUCCGAAGCUGAUUGCUGGUGACCUCUCCGCAGUUCCAGCCCAAGAGCCCGAGGAGGCUGCCGCCAAUGCCAAUGCCGAUGGGUCAGAUACAAAGCCCACUGGCUCGGAUGGUUCGUCUGAGCUUCCGGCUGGACAGUCCAUGUAUACAACCUCGGUACUAUCUCUUCUUCGCAGGACCGAAGAAGGCAGUGAUACGAGUAGCAUUCGGGCAGGGGGUGAAGACAAGGAUAAAGAGAAGGACAAAGAUAAGGAGCUUAAGAUGGCCGUCCGCGAGCUGCAGGGAUACCUGGCAGAUGUCCGACGACGCUUCCAGCGUUUCCUCGGACCCGAUGGGGCUCUUAAGCUCCCUGCCCCUACGGAGGGUACCGACGAGGCCAGCGCGUCUGUUCUCAAAUUGCUCGAUUUUCCCUCACAAGAGGAGUUUCUGGAUACCAUCCGUGACAAGGCUCGGCUCGUCGACACCACACUGUUUCGCGCUCAUAUGUACGCUACGCCAUCACUGGCUGGGUCUCUCUUCCGGAUUGCCAAUUUCUGCGAUCCGGAGGUCGUGAUGGAGCGAUUGGAAGAAACGGGCCGGUAUAACGACUUGAUUGAUUUUCUCUACGGGAAGAAGCUGCAUCGGCAGGCUUUGGAGUUGCUGCAUCGAUUCGGACAGGAAGAGUCCGGCCUGCUCAGUGGUCCGAUGCGGACUGUUGGAUAUCUACAAAAUCUACCGCCCGAUCAAAUAGACUUGGUCCUCGAGUUUGCCGAUUGGCCUGUUCGCACCCAGCCUGAGCUGGGGAUGGAGAUUUUCCUGGCUGAAACUGAGAAUGCUGAGACGCUGCCCCGACAGCGUGUACUCUCGUUCCUCGAGGGUAUCGAUGCGCAGCUUGCCAUUCGGUAUCUCGAGCAUGUCAUUCAGGAAUGGAAUGACCUGACACCGGACCUGCAUCAGCGCCUGGUUGUCUUGUACCUUGAUCAGAUCACAGCGCACAAGGACGGGGGCGGGGACGAAGACGCGGACACGGAAUAUAGCUCCAAAUUCCUGGCCAUGCUCAAAGACAGUGAACAGUAUUCUCCCGCAAAGACCUUGAACCGACUGGACCGUGACGACCCCAACUUCUACGAGGCCCGGGCUAUCCUGUUCAGCAAGAUGGGACAGCAUCGCCAGGUACUGGAGAUUUACGUGUUCAAGCUGAAAGACCACGAAAAAGCGGAAGAAUACUGCAACCACGUCCACCUCUCAGAAGAACAAGACCAAGAAGACACCAUCUACCUCACCCUCCUAUCUCUCUACCUCACCCCACCCCACAAGCACGAAGUCCAGAAUGGCCCCGCCCUCGCCAUCCUCGCCAAACACGGUUCCCGACUCCCCGCCGACGCCGCACUAGGCCUGAUCCCGGCGGAGCUGGAAGUGCGCGAACUGGAAUUCUACUUCAAGGGUCGCAUGCGCGCGGCCAAUUCGGUGUUCAAUGAGGCUCGCAUCGUGGCUCAGCUCCGUAAGACGCGGGACAUGCAGAUUCAGGCACAGCUUGCUCUUGGUGAUGGAGUUCGUGGUGGUGGGACGCGGGCUCGGCAUGUCACGGUCACGGAGGAACGGAUUUGUGGGGUUUGUCAUAAGCGGUUGGGUGGGAGUGUGAUUAAUGUGUUUCCUGAGUAUGUUCCCUUCUCUUCUCUGGUGCAGUGCAGUACAGUGCAGUACAGUGCAGUACAAUGCUAA